AUGAGGAUGAUUUAUGGGGAUGCAAAUGAGGAGUAUAGUAGGUUUUGGGAUUAUGCAGAAGCAAUAAGAAAGUUAAAUUCAGCUUAUAAGGAGGGUUUUGUGACUCGGUGUCGACGUAUCAUUAGGGUUGAUGGAGAACAUUUAAAAGGGCCAUAUCCUGGAAUAUUGUUGACUGCAGUAGCUAAGGAUGGGAAUAACAACAUAUUUCCCAUAGCAAUAUUUCCCAUAGCGUGGGCUAUGGUUGCAACAGAGAGUGCAAAUACUUGGACAUGGUUCUUAGCGCUUCUAGUUGACGACAUUAACUUAGUGACAGACAAAGAUAGUGAAAUUACAUUCAUGAGUGACAGACAAAAGGGUUUGAUAGAUGCAUUGAAAAAUGUUGUCCUACAGUCAGAAGUUAGAUUUUGUUGUAGAUAUAUAUGGACAAACUUUAAAAAGCAAUUCUCCAGAGAGCUAUUUAGGCAUUUAUUAUGGAAGGCGGCCAGAGCUACAACUAAUUAUCAUUUUCAACAACAAAUGACUGCAAUUAAAGACAUAUUAGUAGAGGCGUACGAGUACUUAGUUGCCAUUCCUAGUGCCCACUGGUCCAAACAUGCAUUUACAACAAAGAGUAAGUCUGGAAUGUUACUCAACAAUUGUUGUGAAUCCUUUAACAAUGUGUUGAGAGAUGCUAUGGGAAAGCCUAUCAUUUCAUUAAUGGAAUGGAUCAGAAGAUAUGUCAUGCAAAGUUGUGCAGCAAAAAGGGAAGGCCUGAUGGAUGAAGAUGAUGAAACAUACGUGGUUAACCUACAAACUAUGAAAUGCACUUGCUACAAGUGGAAUUUAUUGGGAAUACCAUGUACACAUGCAAUGGCUUGUAACUCGAGAAGGAAAUUAGAUUUUGUUCCUUAUGUCAAAGAAGCAUAUUAUGUAAGUACAUAUGUAAGAACAUGUUCGCCAAUAUUUCAUGGUAUGCCUGGACAUAAACAAUGGACAUCAAGUAAAUUAGCUAGGCCUCUUCCUCCACCUUUUCGAAAUAUGCCAGGGAGGCCGUCAAAGAAGAAAAGAAAGCCAGAAGCUGAUGAGGGUAGGGAUGGUAAGAAGAAAAAGGAAAGUUUGGUUAGUAGGGGAAAGAAGAAUAAAUGUGCAAAUUGUGGUAACUUUGGGCAUUACAAGAAAACUUGCAAGAAUCCACUACAAGUGCAUCGAAGGCCAAGCCUAGAUCUUGAAAAUUGGGGAAGAAGACUUGAGUUUGGGUUCCUGGGAAUGAAAAUGUCAAUUAGGAAGGCCAAAAAGGAUGACACAAAAGGACAUAUAAAUGGGGAGUACUUUAAAUCAGAAUCAAUGUUGUCCUUUCUCAAAAGGCAUCAGCAUUAG